AUGGAUCUCCGCAAGGCAUACGACACCCUGAACUGGGACUUCCUUAAAGACAUGAUGAUCGCUCUUAACUUCCCACCCCGGUUAAACGCGGAGUUCGACAAGGAGAUCCUAUGUCCCCUCUGCUCUUUGUCAUUGACACGGAAUACUUAUCUAGGAUCCAAAGUAGCGGGAGAAGCGGAGGAGUUCAAUUUCCUCCCUAGAUGCUCCAAAAUAAAACUUAACCAUCUUAUUUUUGCGGAUGACUUUAUGCUGUUCUGUAAAGGGAAUAUACAAUCCAUCAAGAUCCUCAUCAAAGGCGUGGAAACAUUCUCCUCAAGCUCUGGUCUCAAAGCCAACAACAAUAAAUCAGCCAUAUACCUCGCUGGAGUCAGUGAUAGUGUCAGAUCGCAUGCUGCUAGUACGCUCUACUUUGCCUUCGAGUCCCUUCCAGUUAAAUACUUAGGCAUGGCGCUCAUUUCCAAGUGA